AGCCCGCCCCCGGCCCGGGGUGCGAAUCCGGUGCCUGCAAGCGGCGGGAGAUGCUGGAGGUUCGCGAGCCGGAGCGGCUGCAGCUGGCGCCGCGUCUGCCCCUCGUGCCCGGAGCUGAUUCUGCCCUCCGCCCCCGGAGCCCUCGGCGCCCCACUGAACCCGCGAUCGCUUCCUCCCUGUGACGGACCGGCGCUGCAGCUCAGAGCCCGGCAAUGCCGUUUGGGUGUGUGACUCUGGGCGACAAGAAGAACUACAACCAGCCAUCGGAGGUGACUGACAGAUAUGAUUUGGGACAGGUCAUCAAGACUGAGGAGUUCUGUGAGAUCUUCCGGGCCAAGGACAAAACAACAGGCAAACUGCACACCUGCAAGAAGUUUCAGAAGCGGGAUGGCCGCAAGGUGCGGAAGGCAGCCAAGAACGAGAUAGGCAUCCUCAAGAUGGUAAAACACCCCAAUAUCCUGCAACUGGUGGAUGUGUUUGUGACCCGCAAAGAGUAUUUCAUCUUCCUGGAGCUGGCCACGGGGAGGGAGGUGUUUGACUGGAUCCUGGACCAGGGCUACUACUCGGAGCGAGACACGAGCAACGUUGUGCGGCAGGUCCUGGAGGCCGUGGCCUACCUGCACUCACUCAAGAUCGUGCACAGGAACCUCAAGCUGGAGAACCUGGUUUACUACAACCGACUGAAGAACUCAAAGAUUGUCAUCAGUGACUUCCACCUGGCUAAGCUGGAGAAUGGUCUCAUCAAGGAGCCGUGUGGAACCCCGGAGUACCUGGCCCCGGAGGUGGUUGGCCGGCAGCGGUAUGGACGCCCUGUGGACUGCUGGGCCAUUGGAGUCAUCAUGUACAUCCUGCUUUCAGGGAACCCACCUUUCUAUGAGGAGGUGGAAGAGGACGACUAUGAGAACCAUGACAAGAAUCUCUUUCGCAAGAUCCUGGCUGGCGACUAUGAGUUUGACUCUCCAUACUGGGAUGACAUUUCCCAGGCAGCCAAAGACCUGGUCACGAGGCUGAUGGAGGUGGAGCAAGACCAGAGGAUCACUGCAGAAGAGGCCAUCUCCCACGAGUGGAUUUCUGGCAAUGCUGCUUCUGAUAAGAACAUCAAGGAUGGUGUCUGUGCCCAGAUUGAAAAGAACUUUGCCAGAGCUAAGUGGAAGAAAGCUGUCCGAGUGACGACCCUCAUGAAACGGCUCCGGGCACCAGAGCAGUCCAAUGCGGCUGCAGCCCAGUCUGCCCCAGCCACAGACACUGCCACCCCUGAGGCUGCAGGUGGGGCCACAGCUGCAAGUGGAGCUGCCCCAGGGCUUGGGGGCAGUGCCACCCCAGCCACGGCAGGUGACGCUGCUCUUGCCACAAAGAGUGAUAAUGCAGCUCCUGCAGACCGUAGUGCCACCCCAGCCACAGAUGGCAGUACCACCCCGGCCACUGAUGGGAGUGUCACCCCAGCCACAGAUGGGAGCAUUACCCCAGCCACUGAUGGGAGUGUCACUCCAGCCACCGACAGGAGUGCUACUCCAGCCACUGAUGGGAGAGCCACACCAGCCACAGAAGAGAGCACCGUGCUUACCACCCAAAGCAGUGCCACACCAGCCACCAAGGCAGCUGCCAUCCCUGAGCCGGCUUUGGCCCAGCCGGACAGCUCAGCCCCAGAGGGCACAACAGGCCAGGCUCCACCCACUAGUAAAGGGGAAGAGGCUGCUGGCUCUGCCCAGGAGUCUCGGAGGGAGGAGGCCAGCUGAGUGGGCAGGCUGGUGGGGGAGGGGGGAAGAGGGAAGAGGGAUGGGCAGGAGGGUGGGGAAAUGGAUGAGGGGCUUCUCACUGUACAUAGAUUCACUGGCAUGAUGCCCUCGCUCCCCCCUGCCCAUGCCUCCCAGUGCGGGGCAUGCCUGGGGGCCACGGGAGAGCAGUCUUAUCUCCUGUGUGUAUGUGUGUGAGUGGUGGGCAGGCCAGAGGCAGGGUUGGCCCAGCCCCUGCAUGGAUUCCUUGUGGCUUUUCUGUCUACUGCUAGCUUCACCAGUUUCUGUUCCUUGUGGGAUGCUGCUCUAGGGAUAUUCAGGAGGUCCCCGCUUUCCCUUUCCCUUGCCUCCAAUUCCCCCAGGCAGGCCCUGAAGGUCCCAUCCUCUCCCAGGCCCUAAAUUUGGGUGGCCUUGCCCUGAGAGCUGGUCCUCCAGCGAGGCUCUGUCAGUGGUCUUAGGCUCUGGCACAUAAAGGUGUGUGCCUAUGGGAAGAUAUGUUGACUGCUCUAGUAGACACAGGCUGGUAUAGAGAAUGCAAAGAUCUAGGGCACUCUGCUUUAAGACAAGUCUGGUCACAUGGCUGGGAGCACUCAUUGGUAGCCUUGGGGGUCCUCGGAAGUGGAAGAGAAUGAAUGAGAGGGCAGAGUUUGCCAUCUUUGCCCCUGGGCAGUCCUUCCCAUGACCCUUGUAUUAUUUCUUGCCUCCUGAGUCCUGCAGCGGGUUGCCCUGUGCCCUCAGCUUCAUGAGCUUAUAAGAAGGAGGAGCAAUUAGCAUGUGGCUAUGAGAACAGGGAGGGCAGAGUGUAGGCCCAGCAUUUAGUGUGCCAGCCUAGCUGGGCCCUUACUCUGAGCCAGACAGGGAAGGCUGAUCCCCUUUUGCUUGUCCCAGAUGUCCCGCAUUGGGCUCAAUCCACAGUUCUCUCUAUCCAGGGGUCUGGCACAUGGCUGUGUCCCAUAGUCUGACUUGGGGGUUUGCCCUUCACAGGGGCAGAUUCUUGCUCUUCCAGUUCAACAACAAAAUAGAAAGGAACCACCUCUGUAUCUAUGGCCCCCUUCCCCUUUAGGGUAAAGAGAUGCCCAGGUGCCUCUAAGCCAUGCUGAGUUGUUUUGCUGGGCUGAGGAAGUGAAAUAAGUCUCCUUAGUUUCCCGAGGGAGGCUCCUGGCAGGUGCCCUUUGUCAGACCCCACCACAGCCUGGGCAGGCAGCCACACUGGUCCUGGACCUUGCUCAGCACUAUGGUGGCAGUUCUGCCCUUUUCCCCUGCAUGCCUGUGGGUCUGCUCUGAUGUAUGAAGGUCUGUGGGCUGUGUGCCUGCUGAACCUGGCAAAUAAAUGUCACCCUGCCAAAGCC